UCCUUGGCAUCUAGUAAGCUCAGGGGCCGUCUAAUGGAGUCCAUUCUUUGAGAAGGAUGCCUUAUUGCAUUGUUACUGCAGGGUCCUUAUCUAAUUUAGCGAAACCCUAUGCUUCGCUUUCUUGUUAUUGCACAUGCAGGCAUUUAUAACAAGCUGCAAAGAAGUCUCUGUUCAUAUUGCGUGGUAUUUGGGAAGAAGACUUUGAAAAGUCAAUAGGUCAACUUCUCUUUGAUUUGCUAGCCAGCGGGAAGGAGUCUUUCAAAGACCAGGUGCAAAUUUACUGGGCUGGUGCUAUCACCGACCAAACAGACGAUAUCUAACAUGUAAAUUUCGCAGGGCUGCCCCACCUGCUGUCCAUCUUAAUUACUAGUCUUCCUACUCCAGUUUCCAAGUCAACUGACGUGUGUUGCCAGAAAAAGAAUUAUAUGUACUUUGAAGAGACACCAAGACAGAGUUCAAGCAAGAGAAGUUGAUCUUGUUGGUGUCUCCAUUUUGUUUCUUAAAAUUGGGAGCUCGGGGAUGGCUCCCGUCCCUUUGCUAGUUUUCUUUGUCCUCUUUCACCCUUUGCUUCUUUGCGCUUCCAAAGAAGAUGCCUGGCCCUUGAAGAAGUGUCCGCCUUUCAAUUGUGGAAAGCUCGGAGAAAUCCGGUUCCCAUUUACCAACAACACAAGUCCUGAGAUAUGCGGUCCCUCUGUGGUGGAUGGUUGUAACGAAGAUUCUCAAAGGAUCCAACUAGUAAGGGGAGGAAAAUGGUUUGAACUUCACAGCAUCUCUCAGGCUGGUACUAUGUCAAUCACUGAUAAAGAUUUAAGGGGACAUUUGAAUUCCAAUUCAUGCGAUUCCUUUAACAAUUUGAGUCUUCCACCAAGUCUCCCAUACUUCUCUAUUCAAGAAAUCUCCACCCAAACUUUAUUCAAAUGUGACCCUAGUGUCAAUUUUCCUCACCGUCUUGAAUUGAACUAUACAGGAUGCAAGAAUUUCAGCAUCUAUUAUACUCGCAACACCAGUCUGCCUAGUCCUCCACCUACCUGUUCAAUUCUUCAGCUUCCAGUGAAUAAUACCGAGAGUUAUGGCGACAUAUUCAGGCUGUUAACAGCUACCUUCUCUAUUGAAGUGUCAGUAUUGCCUCUGUGUUAUCUUUGUUAUUUGCAAAGAGGGGAAUGUGAUCACACCAUGGAAGGAAACCUCAAAUGCAUCCAUUCAAUUGAAGAGAGCAAGAAAUUGAGAUUGACUCUCGGACUAGUUAUCAGCAUUGGAGUUCUUAUAAUUACAAUCUGUUGCGUCAUCAUUAGAAAGUACUCAUCCAUUCACUUCCUUUCCUGUUGGAGAAAACCCAGAGGAAGUCAAAGUAUGGAAGUUUUUCUGAGGAACUAUGGAACCUUGGCACCAAAAAGAUACAGUUAUUCAGAACUUAAGAAAAUGACCAAAAACUUCAAAGAGAAACUAGGCCAAGGAGGCUAUGGAAGUGUUUUCAAAGGCAAUUUACUUGAUGGUCGUCUUGUUGCUGUUAAAGUCCUGAAGAAAUCAAAGAGUAAUGGAGAAGAAUUUGUAAAUGAAGUUUCAAGCAUCGGCAUGACUUCCCACGUCAACAUUGUUACUCUUCUGGGGUUCUGUUUUGAGGGUCCUAAACGAGCUCUAAUCUAUGAGUUCAUGUCUAAUGGGUCACUUGACAAGCACAUAUAUGAAGAAAAUCUCUCGAAGGCACAACCUAAAUUGAGGUGGGAAACAUUAUACCAAAUUGCAGUUGGCAUUGCUCGAGGAUUAGAAUACUUGCACAGAGGUUGCAACACAAGGAUUUUACAUUUUGACAUAAAGCCUCAUAAUAUUCUUCUAGAUGAAAACUUCUGUCCUAAAAUUUCUGAUUUCGGCCUGGCUAAAAUAUGCCCCAGUAAAGAGAGUAUCGUAUCGAUGUUGGGUGCAAGAGGAACUGCUGGAUACAUUGCCCCCGAAGUAUUUUGUAGAAAUUUUGGAGGGGUUUCUCACAAAUCUGAUGUUUAUAGCUAUGGGAUGCUAGUGUUAGAAAUGAUUGGAGGGAAAAAAAACUUUCGCGUCGGAGUUGAUAAUGCCAGUGAGAUCUAUUUUCCACAUUGGAUAUACAAGCGUCUUGAAAUAGGUGAAGAACUUCAACUUCGAGGGGCUGGCAAUGAAGUGGAGGAACAAAAUGCAAGAAAAAUGAUUUUGGCAAGCUUGUGGUGCAUACAAACCGACCCCUCAAAUCGCCCACCAAUGUCUAGAGUGGUAGACAUGUUGCAAGGAAGUCUUGAGUCCUUGCCAUUCCCGCCGAAACCUUACUUGUCUUCCCCUCCAAGACCUCCUCACGGAUCAAAUUCAAAUUCAAAUUCAAAUUCAUAAACAACCACUGUCAUAAUUCAUCGAAGGACAGAGCAAAUGCAUCCAUUCAAUUGAAGAGCAAAAAAUUGAGAUUGAAGCUCGGACUAGGUCUCGGAGUCCCCCUUUCAUGGUAUUAAUAAUUUUGGUGUCAAUAUUUUUCAUCCGGUGGCAUCGACACCAGAGAAAACACAUUUCCUCUCACGUCAAUUCAGCAAAUGCUUCUUCAGACCCCUCUUCAAAAUCAGACCCGGAAGGGGACAAUAACUACUUUGGGGUCCCCAUCUUUCACCGAAUAUAUGAUUAGUCUGAUAGCCUCGUUUUAGCAUUCUGUGUUCUAUAAUUUUGCAGCGUUUUUGCCAACAGGAAACUUCCUGGCCCUCUGCUAUAUUGAUGCUGUUAUUGUUAUCUGGUCUCAAGAUUAACUUGUUUUAAAUAAA